AUCAUUCUUAAUAUGAAAAAAUAAGGAUGCUAAUAACGACGUGAACCAUAAUCAAAGAAACUAUGUAAGGUUAGGAAAUACUGGUGUUCAAAACAUUAUUCACUUUCUGUAUUACUACCACUCAACAUAUUCAGCUACAGCUAAGUCUCUGCCUUAGUUCUUAGACGGAACAAAGAGGUUCCUAUCUGUGCACGUGCCUCUUCUAGGUGAGGGCUACUCCGCCCUGACCACUGCACUUCGUGUUCACACUCAGGGUCACACACACACAGGGAAAGAGUUGCACAUGACAGAGAGAACCAUACAGUAAAAUAUGACAGGAAUAAUUCUAAUUAGCCUAAAGAACCUUUCAUAUCUAAAUGUUCUCCAUAUGAGCUUCGAGUUAUUUCCCACUAGUCAGGACAAAGGUCAUUUACAUGGCACGUUAGCAGACAGCAGGCUCUGGCCCCGCCAGCCAGCGGCCUCACGCCUGUGUUUUACCCGCUCCAAGAGAGCCCGUUUUAUCCAAAGUGAGCGAGGCGCUCGGUCACUUCAAGUUCCCCCGCGCCCUCGCCGAGGCUCUCCCGAAAGGCGCCGUUGAGCUCUCCGAAGCUUCACGCCGCCGUUUGCGCCAGUUUUCCACAGAUUAUCGCGGCAAACACGCCGUGUCUCGUUCGGAUUGGCGGCCGUCCGGCGCCCUUUUAAAGGCGCCCUGUAAAACGAGGCAUCACUGCGCACCCAUUCCUGGACUGGGGACACACGGCAGCACCUCUUCUAGAGGAAUGAGCCGUUGGACUCUCGCCAAGCGGCGCUUUCGCUCGUAAUUCGCCCGAUAAAUACCGCGAGAAAACACAAAUCUGCGCGCCUCACUGACACGGCUGCACAGCGCACGACGGGUUGAGUCUACACCGUCCUCAUGUGUCUUUUAAGGGGCCGACUCCCCGCGUGAGAGGGAGGUUCCUCUGAACAGUGCAGCUCGUGCUCAGUCUCGCUCCGCUCGCAGUAAAAACAGAACGAUGGCAGAAGCCGCUCCCGCUCCAGCCGCCGCACCGCCCAAAGCUCCCAAGAAGAAAAGCGCCGCCCGGCCCAAGAAAGCCGGCCCCAGCGUCGGUGAGCUCAUCGUCAAGGCUGUUUCGCAGUCCAAGGAGAGGAGCGGCGUGUCUCUCGCCGCCCUGAAGAAAGCUCUGGCUGCCGGCGGCUACGACGUGGACAAGAACAACUCCCGCGUCAAGAUCGCCGUUAAGAGCCUCGUGACGAAGGGCACUUUGGUGCAGACCAAAGGCACCGGCGCGUCGGGCUCCUUCAAGCUCAACAAGAAGCAAGCCGAGCCGAAGAAGAAGCCGGCUAAGAAAGCAGCGACCAAACCCAAGAAGGCGGCCGCCAAGAAGCCCGCCGCGGCCAAAAAGCCCAAGAAGGUAGCGGCGAAGAAGCCCGCGGCCGCCAAAAAGUCGCCGAAAAAAGCCAAGAAGGUAGCGGCGAAGAAGCCAGCGGCCGCCAAGAAAGUCGCCAAGUCUCCCAAGAAAGCCAAGAAGCCGGCGACCCCGAAGAAGGCGGUCAAGAGCCCGAAGAAAACAAAGGCCGUCAAGCCCAAAGCAGCCAAGCCCAAGGCGGCGAAAAAGGCCGCCCCCAAGAAGAAGUAAACGUGCUGUUCGCCUUCACGGCUUGUUUUAUACCUGUUAAAAAGAAAAAAAAAAACGGCUCUUUUAAGAGCCACCCACACUUUCCUCUCAAAGAGUUAGAUUUUCCUUCGUGCUCCACUUACAAAGUAGUCAUUACUGGUCAGUAGUGAUAUUAUUGGAAGGCGCCAGGCUCGGUGUUAUAGUCGAGUUGCCGUUUGUACUUACAUGGGCGAGAUGGGGCAGAACAACAGCGAAGA